CAACUUCAUGGUGAAUUCUGUAACUGCGUAGGUAGUAUCUGUGCAUUCCAAACUCAAUUUGAAAGAUUACAAUAAAAAAUUUUUUUGGUUGUAAGGCUAUUACUGGAUAAAUUAAAGGUAAAUAGUGACCUAAUGUCUGGACUUUCAUACAUUUGUGAGUACGGUGAAGAAGAGGAGAUACAUCCAGAAGAAUACGAAGAUUUACCCAAGAAACAGUGUCAGAAGCCAAGACUACCCCGACCUAAUUUGAGUGGUGUGUCAGUUGUAUCAUUUGAAGAACAUAUUGAGAACUCCAGCCUCCAUAGGGGAAGAGUUCGAACCUUUCCACAUGUGAGAGGAAACUGGGCUACAUUUGUAUAUAUUGAGUACCCAGAUAAAGAAAACUUGUUUAAAUUAAUAGAUAAAUUUGCAGUGUUGCUUGCAACAAUUGAUGACUCUUGUUGCAAAUGUGAAGACAUUCACAUUAGCCUUUCAAAAACUUUUGUUUUGAAAUAUCAUAUGAUUAAUACAUUCACGAGCUGUUUACAGGAAGUCGUAAAUAAUAUUGAAAGUUUUGAACUUGGAUUUGAAUCUAUAGAAGUUUUUUGUAAUGAAGAUAGAACCCGAACCUUUAUAGCACUCAAAGUGGAUUUUAUUGCUCACAGAAAUUUAAUAGAUAUUACAAAGAAGAUUGAUAACAUUCUGGAAGAUUUUAGGUUGCCAAAAUUUUAUCAUGAGCCUUCAUUUCAUAUGAGUAUCUUAAGUGUCAAUGGAGACAAGAAACAGGAUAUUUCUAAGAUUUUAAAUCAUCUGAAUCAACAAUUUUUAGAACAGGAAGAUAGACUAGAUACUAUUGUUAUCAACAAAGUAAAUUGUAAAAGUGGUAACAAAUAUUUCCAAUAUUAUUUAAAAUAAUCUAAAAAAAGAUACAA